AUGUUUUACUCUCACCAACUACUUGCUCGCAAAGCUCCCCUUGGUCAAAUAUGGAUGGCUGCCACUCUGCACUCAAAAUUCAAUAGGAAAAAGCUGAGUAAACUGAAUAUUAUUAACAUCUGCGAACAAAUCUUAAAUCCAUCAGUUCCAAUGGCUCUUAGACUCUCUGGAAUUCUCAUGGGUGGAGUAGUCAUUGUUUACGAACGCAAAGUGAAACUCCUUUAUGAGGAUGUGACUCGUCUCAUGGUGCAAAUCAAUGAAGCUUGGAAGGUGAAAGCAGCUAGUGAUCCUACGUUGCUUCCCAAGGGUAAAUCGCAAGCCAAGCAUGCAGCUGUUACUCUGCCGGAUUACCGGGAGGAUGAACUCCCCGAGAUUGAACAGACACUCCGAAAUACGGACACUGUCACAAUGAUGGAUUUCGAACAAACCUCCUAUUUCGCGAUGAGACUAGAUAAUGAAAACCUCUAUGAUAAACCCAAUGCACAGGAGGAACCAGCCAAGGACCUGCAUCAAGUUGAUGCAGAUAAUAUCACCCUGGCUGAACAUAUGGAAUCCCAUCAUACAGAUAUAUUUAAUCAUUUUGAGAGGUUUGAUAUUGAAGGGGAUGAAGAAACACAAAUGAAUUUUACCCAGCCAGAGGACGCCCAAAUCCCAAGUACUCCUGUGCCAUCUCCACCUAAAGAACAAGCCCAUCAACCUGAUGAGAUCCCUGACAGACAUCCAGAGGACCAAGUGAAGCAGAAAUCUGAUGAAGCUGAAGAAGUUUUUGAGCAGCAGCAGGACCAAAAAAGGCCAAAACCAGCUCGACAAAGAGCAAGAAAGGCCGCAGGUCUUACAAUUGAUCAUGAACAAACUAUUAUUGCUGGUGACGUCUAUCAAUCUUGGCUUCAGAGUGCUUCAGAUAUUGCAUCCAGAACAAGGAAAAAGAGAAAGACUUUGAGUGUCAUAUCUUCUAUGAAGAUAGCCAGACUCAUGGAGUUGCCUCCUAUUGUAUUACUAGAAGGGUUGCUCACAAAUGGAAAUAAGGAAGUUCACUAUCCAGCACCACUCCUAAAAUUGUGGAUGAGAAAUACCCAACCUCCGCAUGAUUCACCUUCUGGAAAAACCUCUUCACCUAAUCCUCCUGAACCAUCCUAUACAUCUCCAGGUGAAAGGAUGAAUAACGUGGAACCUCCUUUCGAAGAUUUCCAAGGCGGUGGAGGUUCCCCAUCAGUAGGGAUAUCCAUAGAAAAACAAAGGGCAAAUCUCAACAAUAAUGUGAUUCCACCUGAAAUUCUCAUGGAGGACCUCAGAACCAAUCUUAUAAACAUGGGACUGCAUCCAACAGAGGCUAAUGGAGUGAAAAAGACUGAUCGCAUGGCUACACCUGGCUCUGGUGAUGAGCCUAGAUCCAUUCCAAGCUCAGGAUCUGAUCAUGGUUACCUAUCACAGAACUCUGUAACCAAUUCAAGCCGGUCCAACAAGAAAAGACCCCAUUCUUCACACAGUGGCAAUGGCCUGCACCCAGUAGCAGAAGAGAACCCAUGGCACGAUCCCACUCCAAAUUUCAAGUUGACUAGGCUAUCUGAGCUAUCUGAAAAAGGCUUUACACAAGACAACGAGAUGUUGAUGGAAACCGGACCAACACAAACCCAACAUCCAUUCGUUACUCAACCUCUUGACGUGAUGACUGACUCUAUCAGGAUGCAGCUGAAGAGUCAUUUUGACACUCCUGGAUCGGCCGAAGCAGAAUGUUUGAAUGAACUAACACUUGGGAUGACAAAGAAACAAGCAGCAUGCCUCUUCUAUCAAACUUGUGUUCUGGCCACUAGAGACUUUGUAAAAGUUGAACAGGAAGUGCCAUAUGGAGACAUUCUCAUUUCCAGAGGUGCAAAGAUGUGACCACUGAUAAAUCAAGUAGAUGCUAAGCCCUCACAAGUCUUAUAGGUUCAUCUAUUGUUAUUGCUGAUGCAAAAUUUUCGUUUGAUUAAGGUAUUAGAGAGUUCAAGCGCAGGUUUACACAGCUCAAAGUAUUAGGACAAUUUUUUUCUUGCUAAGCUAUCUAGUGUUUAAUGCUAUCCUUGUAGUUAUCUCCAAGAGAAUAUAGACCGUAUAUGAUUUGGCUCAUUUGGAAUCGGUAAUUGCUAGUUUUUUGUAUUAGUAUUUGGUGACAGGUAUCAAACAACUGUAAAAAUGAGUAAAGUCUAUUCAUAUCUCU